UUAUUAUUAUUAUUAUUUUUUUGUAUGCAGGAUUACAGUUAUUUUAUUUUUUAUUUUUUUUACAACUAUUUAUAGUGGGUAUCCCUGGACCUGUCACAGGGCUUUUGGACCUUGGACCUUUCUUUCUAUGUAGGCUGUAAUGUGUGAGUAAUAAAUGCAAGACCAAGCUGGGUGAAAUCUUGUUUCAUUCAUCAUAUAGUGUUGGCAUUUGUGACAAUGCACAAGAAGAUGCUCCAUGACAAAUUGCUGUCUGCUGAAAAAUCAUUGAAAAAGAAAUAAAAAAACCAAAAAAAGAAAACAACACACCUCUCCUUCAAAACAAACACAAUAAAGCAGCCAAAUUUGAUUGCACAUAGAGGGGUUCAUCCAAUAUACAAAGGUGACUGAGUUACCGUGCUUCAGUGCUUUCCCCUCCAUCUCUCCCCCCACCCCCUUCCACCUGCCCUCCUCAGAUAUGUCCAAUAUGAACACUAAUGUUUGUGUGGAGAAUGGACAGAACCCAGAGGCUUCUGUCCUCCCUAAGGAUAACCUGGUGGAGGGGGCUCUAAACAGCCUCAUGGAUUACAACUCGGAAAUGGAAAGGUAUAGGUCCUUUGCAACCUUUUACAAAACCAAUGGAGGCUUCCCCCAAGCUGCUAAGAUUGCCAGGAUCACCACCCCUAUUUUCCCCAGUGCCCGGAUCGGCAUGUCCCCUUGGAACUGCGAUAAUGCAAUGCUCUGGGGCAGGAAAUCAGCCCCUAUCAAUCCUAAUAGGACCAGCAUGCACAGAAACGACUCCCAGAGGCUGGGGAAGCCUGGCGGGGCGCCAGAGUCGUUGCAAAUGGCAAAUAAUAAUUUCCUUUCCACCUUAUCCCCUGAACACUGCAGACCUUUGGCAGGGGAAUGCAUGAACAAGCUCAAAUGCGGCGCCGCUGAAGCAGAGAUAAUGAAUCUCCCUGAACGCGUUGGAACUUUUUCCGCUAUUCCGGCUCUAGGGGGCAUCUCAUUACCUCCAGGGGUCAUCGUCAUGACAGCACUUCACUCCCCCGCAGCAGCCUCGGCAGCCGUCACAGACAGUGCGUUUCAAAUUGCCAAUCUGGCAGACUGCCCGCAGAAUAAUUCCUCGGGAGCCAGCGGGAACCCAGCCAAGAAGAAGAGGAAAAGGUGUGGGGUCUGUGUCCCUUGCAAGAGGCUCAUCAACUGUGGAGUCUGCAGCAGUUGCAGGAACCGCAAAACAGGACACCAGAUCUGCAAAUUUAGGAAAUGCGAAGAACUUAAGAAAAAACCUGGCACUUCACUAGAGAGAACACCGGUCCCAAGCGCUGAAGCAUUCCGAUGGUUCUUUUAAGCAGAUAUAUAUUUUACUUUCAAGACAUUAUGAAGUGAAUGACAAGCACUGGUCUUGUUUUGGGAACUGCAAAGUCCACAACUGGAGAUUAUACUUAGACACUAUUUUCACUGAUGUACAGGGGUUUCCUCAAUGAAGUCUGAAUAUAAAAAAAAAAAGAAAAGAAAAAAAAAAAGAAAAGAAAAGAAACAUUCACCUGAGCCUAGGGGUGGCUGGUUUACUUACGUUUAAUACACAGGUUCUUUCUUUAAUGUAAUCUAGCUAUAAUUAACAGUGAACUUGUUGUCUACCUGAAAGUAACUGGUACAGGAACCAUUUUGGGUGAACCCCUGCUGUAAUAUGAUGUAACUUUGAAAAAAAAAAUGAAUAACAUAUCUAUACUUCAUUUCCAAAUAUGUGUUUUGGUACUGUAAACUGUACAGAUAGCAGCUUGUAUUUUGUGCGUUUAGACACAAGGAGACAAUCAUGUCUGAGCACCUAUAUGAAGAGUAACAGUUUGUACGCAGCAGUGUGGUUCUGCAACCUAACCAUUGAGUGCCAGGGUAGUGAUCAGCUUGUUACAAAGCAAUGUGUUGCUCACUGCCCAUCUGCACUCAUGCAGGUUAAAUCUGGAGCAAUAAAUUCUAGCUUUAAACAUUAUUUUGCCAGCUGGCUAGCCACAACAGCAACAGCACUGUUUUACCUUGCAUCAAAUCCGCUCAACAACUCAAUUCAUAAUUCCACUAAAGUUAAAGAUUGAGAUCAAUUUGUUUAUUAUUGUCACCUGACGGUAGGAGAAUUGGCCAUAUUUGAUAAACGUCCCAUGACUCCCCUUUUUAAGAGGAGAAAUCCAACCAAAAAGUGUAAUCUUUCAUUGGGUGGACGCUUUUAGCAGUUUAAAAAUCUUAAAAAAUCUCAAUAUAUCUUUGGAGCAUUUUCCACUGCUUUAUCCCCUAGUCUUUUUUGAAUUAGUUGUUCAAGGACUCAUCAUUGUUCAUUGAUAGUGAUAAUGAGUACACACCUUCUGAUUAGUUAUACUCUAAAAUAUAUGUAAUACAAAAAGUAUUCCAUAAUGGAAUGACCUGAGUGAUACAUGGCCAAUACACAACAUGUAAAAUUUGUUUCUAAAAAAAAAAGGGUAGGCAAAUCCAGACUUUCAUGGUGUUAAAUUCAGAAUCUUAUCUUCUAAAUGGAAAAUGUUAUACACUUAUAGCAAUACUGUUUUCUAGAUAUAGACCCAAGUCCAGACUAUACUACAUAAUCUUAAAAUGCACUUAAUAUAUUGUUUUAUUAUAUUACUCUCUAGAGUAAAUGUCAGUGGUGUACCGUGUCAAUUUGCACCACUGUUUGCCUGGUAAAUGCCUGGAAUCUUGUAUAGGUUUUUGGACAAUGAGUCAAGUACCCCAUGCAGACUGGGAGCUAGAUGGUCAAUACAUUAGUAGCCCAGAAAAAGCUGAAGGGUCAAACAUGACGACCCUUGCUUUGGACCAAUCCAUUAACAGAGGCUUCCUAUUGUCUACCAUGAAAGAAGUUUACACAACAUUUCUGAGUGUGUAACGUUAACCCAACAAUAAAGAGUAUUAUUAUUACUAUUGUUAUUUUAUCAUUGCCUAGUAGUCGUUUUUCAGGGAAAAUGUGUGCAACAAAAUGAGUCUCGUCCAUUAUUAUUUUGUGUUUGGUAACAAAUGUUCUUAAAGGACCAUAGAUAGCUCUAAAGCACUUUUAUGGGGUAUUUGUUUUUAAAAAAAAGUCUUAAUUGUGUAUGCGUCUUACAAAACUGAAUAGGAUUUCUCUAGCAAAAAUGCUUAACCAUCAACAACUAUAUAUUUUUCUGAAUAAAAAAUAAACCCAGUAAAGCCUUAUUUGCACAUCGGCUGGUUAUAAUCGUUCUUCUCCUUUUGGAAAAACAAAACAAAACAAAUUGCUCUUUCAGAAAUAAAAAAUGUCAGUUCAGGCUACAUUAGGUGUAUGAUAUCUACAAAGAUAUUGCUGUCAAUGAACUCGCUGUCUUAUACCCUAAUGUUGCAUGUCUUGAUGUGUUAUUGUUUUUGUUUUAAAGAUCUGAUGAAUCUAUAUAUUGUAAUCGUGGUGUUUUCCAUGUCAAAAAUCCAUAUGUUUAGAAACAUAGGGAGAUGAAGGUAAAAAUAUAGUCACUUUUUUUCUAGACCUUUUUCCUUUCUACAUUAUGUUUAGAUUUUGGUGAAGCCAAAUUCAUAGAAAAUUGUUUUAAAAAAAAAAAAAGAAUGUUUUAACAGUAUUGUUUUUUUUUUCUUUUGAAAUGUAUUUGUU